UGUCUCUUUGAGAUGGAGAAGGUCAAUGAUGAGCUAGAAAAGAGAUGUCAAAGGCAGGCAAGGCAAAACAGUACUCGACAUGCCAGUGCAAGCGCAAUGGAGUUUGUACGUGCGACUUGCUGGAGGACUCCUCAGCCUCUUAAGAAGCCGUGGUGGUACCCAGUAAUCCAGCAAAAGGUGCAAUCUCCAUGGUCUCCCAAGACCAACGGUGGCCCAUGAUGAUCUUGUGAAUCAGGGUAGGUAUUUGCACACCUAACAGUGCUAAUAUUGUGUGACAUCCUUAAAAAGAUCUCACAGCACCCAUGUGCCAUGUCACCAUAGUUUAAAGGAUCAUACAUUUAAGCUCUUUUUAUCUCCCGAAACCACCAAGGCUGGAAACGUUCAUGGAAAAAGCUGAGAUUUUUGCACAACAUGACUCCAUCAGCAGCUUUUAAUACACCCCCACUCUCCUGAACCUGAAGUUGGCUUGUGGACACUAUCUUUUUCUGCAAAAAUGUGAGAAAGGCUGUCUGUGCCAGAGAGAGAACCAGGAUCGUUCCUGAAGUUUCAAGGGUAGUGGACUAGGAAUGGUCUUGCUCUAUUCUGGACAAGACUUAGCCUUAUUAAAUAUGAGGCUCCAUCUCAGGGGCAGCAUCUCUAAGAGCACAGGGCCACAGUCCAGCAGCAGUUUAAGGAUGGUUUCCAUAAAUCAUCAUCAACAUAACUUCCUUCAAUCCCUACAACUUCCUCCGAUCCUGGAUACAAUCUACUUAGGGCCUAUUUACCCAGGGAAGUUACCAGCUGAAUUCUACCAUUAUCGCUAGCCUUGUCUGCAGAGGUUAUAUACAUUAUCCCAUGCGGUUCAAACAGCUCAAAACAAGUCCAGUUGGAGACUGAAGCAGGUCAUGGCAUGCAAAAACUUGGCUGCAACAUCCCUUGGCAUGAAAGAUGCUUGAGAAAUGCAGGACUUUGCAAAAGUCCUCUCUGCCACAUCAUUGGGCCCCUCCAGUAGGGGGGCAGAUGCAGUAUAGCUCGACUUUCAGCCUUCUUGAUUAGGGAAGAAGUGUAUCUAUUGACUAAUCAGGAUAAAACAAAACAGAAGAGCUGGAAUCAAUCAUCAGCUGUACAGAAAUAGGGCCAAAUUAAGCAAAUAGCUUUCCUCUCCAGGGAACGGGGGUCUGAGCCGGAGUCAGCUCCUUGUUCGUGAUGCUGCCUGUUGGAGCUGUCCAACUGCCCUCCCUCCACCCGCCCGCCCAGAUCAUUCUGUAAGUGACACCAGUCUAAUUAAUUAAUGACUCCUCUGUGUCAGCUGUGGCGGCUGAGUGAGAAAGCAAAGCUGCAAAAGGAGAGGAAAAGGACAGUACGUGGCUGCUUCUAGCAGAGACCGCCGAGUGCUGCUGACAGCUCGCUGGCUAUUAUUCCUCAUCCCUCCUGCUCCAGGCUGCAGAUCAGACAGCAACCAAGAGGGAGAGGGAGAGAGAAAUACACAGAGGAAAUAAGAUGGCGUGGGACCAGCCUUUCCAGCACCCUCCCUCCUGGCCAAGGUGCUCUGCCCUCCUUCUGACAUGCUCCAGAACUGCCAUGAGCCAGUUGAUCGAGGCCACCACAGAACCUCCAAAAAAGAAGCCGGAUCCUGUCACUUCAGAGACGGUGGUUUUCUGGGGGAUGCGCCUCUGGCAGGUGGUUGGAGUCUUUGCCAUCUUCGUCCUAUCAGUCAUCAUAACCUUGUGCUGUAUCUUCAAGUGUCGGAUCCCCCGGACCAGGAAGGAGAUUGAGGCGAGGUACAUGCAACGGAAAGCCGCCAAGACGUAUGCAGAUAAACUGGAUACCGUGCCACCGCUCGAUGAGCUGACCGAGAUCCCUGGAGCUCAGACAUCACAGGAGAAGAAGGAGGAGGAGGUGCCCACCGUGUCGGGGAAAGUGGACAAGGAGAAGGACAAGGACAAGAAAGAAACUUCCAAGAAAUCAAAGAAGAAAGAGGGCGAAAAGGAGCAGAAGGAAGGGAAAGACAAGGAAGGGAAGAACAAGGAAGGGAAAGACAAGGAAGGGAAGUACAAGGAAGGGAAAGACAAAGAAGGGAAGAACAAGGAAGGGAAAGACAAGGAAGGGAAAGACAAGGAAGGGAAGGAGAAAAAUGGGACCAAAAAGAAAGAAGGAGAAAAGGGUGGGGGUGACAAGAAGCAAGGAGGUGGGAAGAAGGGUGACAAAGAAGCUGAUGGAGGUAAGGCUGGUGGGAAAGGUGGUGGAAACAAGGCCUCCGGAAAGAAACCACAGAAGAAGUGAGUUGGCCCAGAGACGUGUGAUGAACGUGCCCCUGCCUGAGCAUGGGCAGCACUGCAGAACAGGCAUGGGGAGAUCAGGGAGGCGGAGGAGCUCUCUCCCUACAUUCAGGCUAUGGGAUGCUACUUGAUAUAUUUUUUUCAAGAUGAAUUUGCCAUUUCUUACAGAGGUGAUUUUUUUUUUUAACCCUCUGGAGGAAAACCUGCCAAUCGGCUGUGAAACAAGUCAAAGGUCCCUCCUGAGCCCUUCGGGCUAGUGUGGUUAAGGCACGCCAGUCCCGGGGAACGUGCUGUGUCCAGCGAGCUUUGACUGGGAGCAUUUGCUGGCACCAAUUUGGAGCAAGGCUCAAGCCCAUGCCUCUGGAUCCAUAGCGAGAUGCCAUAACCACCCUGCAUCCAUGCUCUCUAUUGGCUGCAGCAUUGCCUGUGAGUAAAACUACAUACUUGACAGAGCUGACUGAUAACAGGAGCUGGAACCAGCUGAAAGACUGAAGUGGAUAAGGAGUGCGUGGAUGUGCUCAUGGAGUUGUCAAACGUUAUAACACUAGGAAAGCGCUUGGUCUAACUGUGAUAUAUUCCACCGACAAUCUUGAGGCAUUUUACAAAGACUACUUGAGCCUAACUUGAUCCUUGUGGGUAUCAUAGAUGGAUAAACCUCAGACAUUUCUGGAGGCCGUAACUCAGAGAAUGAAACCCAUUAAUCCAAUGAUGUUUUGUGGUACCCUGGGGUGCCUUGAGGUCCUUUCAAGGGUGCCACAAGCGUGCAAUCAUGAUCUGCAAGGUAAACCCAGAGAUUUCAAAUAGGAAUCCAGAGUGUUAAAAGCAUCCUGACAUGUUGUGGGUUUUCUGAGUUCAGUGCAACAGAAAAAAGAAAAAAAAAAGCUCUAUUACUUUUCCAAAGUCAUAAAACAAGUGAAAACUCAGAGCUGGCAUUUUCUGAGGGAUGCCGCAAAACCAACGAGGGGUGCUUUGAGCCAAAAGGUUGAGAACCACUGCUUUAGCCAAUGGCCCAUGCUGUGUUUGAGAUGCAGCUCCACCACAUGGGAGAUUUUUCUUCCCUUUUGCAUGCAUCUCACUAUGUCUUCCUCUUAAAUUCUGGGAGAAAUGCUUUCCUGAAGAUCGAUAGUGAGUACACUUUCCGAAAGGCUUGGUCUCUUUAUUUUUUUUAAGUGAAAUACGUUGUGUAAGUACUGCGGGUACUGAGGGAGUUUAGUUGGUCAAUGUGAUUGCAGAGCCACUAGCUAUUAUCUUUGAAAACUCGUAGUGAUUGGGAGAGGUCCCGAAUGAUUAAAGCAGGGCUAAUAUAGUGCCCAUUUUUAAGAAAGAGGAUGUGGGGAACUCCAAAUUGAUCAGCCUUAAUUCAGGUCCUGGAAAACUCAUGCACCAGGUCCUGAAGGAAUCCAUUUCUAGGCACUUGGAGGAGAAAGUGGCGAUUAGGAAAUUAUGCCCGACAAACCUGGUGCCUUCGAUGAUGAGAGGACUGGCUCUCUGGAUGCAGAGAGACCAGUGGAUGUGGUGUACCUUGACUUUAGAAAGGCUGUUGAUAUGGUCUCCCACAUUCUUGCAAGCAAGCUAAGGAAGCCUGGGUGGGAUGAAUGGCCUGCAAGGUGGAUACAAAACUGACUGGAUUGUGGGGCUCAGAGGUUAGUAGUGAACGGCUCAAUGUCCAGUUGGUAGCUGGUAUCAAGUGGAGUGCCCCAGGUGUCAGUCCUAGAGCUGGUUUUGUUCAAUGUCUUCAUCAACGACCUAGCAGAUGGGAUGGAGCGCACCCUUAGUACGUCUGCAGAUGACACCAAGCUGGGGAGCAUAGGGCUAGGAUUCAACAUAGAUAUGCUGGAGUAUAGGGUUAGGAUUCAGAGAGACCUAGACUAAUUGGAGGAGUGGGCCAAAGGAAAUCUCAUGAGGUUCAACAAGGACAAGUGCAAUGUCCUGCACUUAGGAUGGAGCGAUCCUAUUCACCGGUACAGCUUGGGUACUGACUGGCUGGGCAGCAGCUCUGCAGAAAAGGACUUGGGGGUGACAGUGGGCAAGAAGCUGAACAGUGUGGCCGUGCUGCCAAGAAAGCUAAUGGCAUCCUGGGCUGCAUCGGUAGGAGCGUUGCCAGCAGGUAAAGGGAAGUGAUUUUUCUCCUCUAUUUGGCACGGGUGAAGCCACAUCUGGAGUCCUGUGUCCAGUUCUGGGCCCCCCCACUAUAGAAAGGAUGUGGACAAAUUAGAGUCCAGCAAAAGGCAACAAAAAAUGGUUCAGGGGCUGGGGUAGAUGAUUUCACAGAAUAAGCUGAGGGAAAUGGGCUUGUGUAGUCUGCAGAAGAGAUGACUAGAGGGGAUUGAAUAGCAGCCUUUAACUCCCUACAGGGGGUUGCAAAGAGGAUGGAGCUGGGCUGUUCUCAGUGGGGGCAGAUGACAGGACAAAGAGCAAUGGGCUCAAGUUGCAGCAAGAGAAGCUGAGGUUGGAUAUUAAGGAAAACUUUAUCACAAGGAGGAUAGUAAAGCACUAGAACAGGUUACCCAGAGAGGUGGUGGACUCUCCAUCCUUCAAGGUUUUUAAGGCCCAGCUAGAGAAAGCCUUGGCUGGGAUGAUGUAGUUGGGGCUGGCCUUGCUUGGAGCAGGGGGUUGGACUAGAUGUGACCUCCUGAGGUCCCUUCAACCCUCAUUAUCUAUGAGUCUAAAUGAAGCUGUAUAAUGAACCUAGAAUAAAUACCAUUUUCUGUGCUACUACCAGUGAUGCUGCCUUCAGUUUUACAAGCGGUCCUCACUGUGACUCUGGUUCUGUGAAGUCCAGAGUUGAUGAGGACUCUCAACUUCUGGGACUUGAAGAUGUUCAAGAUCUCUGCAUGGAAGCACAGCCUUCCAAGAGAUACAGGUUUUUGUGUGAAAACUUCCUGUUCACUCCGGUUCUCUCUCUCUUUCACCUGAGGUGGGGGUUUCCUCUAGUUUUCACUUUUUGUUACAAACGACACAAGGAAAACUCAAGUCCUGUUUAGACUUGAGUUACUUGAUUCCCUACUUAAAUCCAAGGAGCUUACCAUAUUUUUUUAAGUGCCAAUCUACGCACUCCCCAAACGUUUGUGCCUUGAGGUGAAAACAUUUGUGGAGUGUCUAGGCUGGUAUUUGCAAAAUGUGUUAGCGAAUGAGUUUUUAGAAAAUAAGUACCCAAAUCUCAGCUACAUAUACCCUCUUUGUUAUCCACCUACACACAAUGUAUCAGAGAAAGAGAGAUAAAUGAUGUGCCAUGAAACCAAUUGCCAUGUUUUAUCUACGUCUACAUCUAUGUCCAUGUCUAUACACAACAGACAAUAUAGUUCCCAAUGGUUUUAGCUUUGAUGGCUUGUCGUACAGCUGUAUUAGAAUGUUGAU